AUGGAGGUGUACUGCAAGGCAGUCCGACAUCUGGAAGAAAAAUUCGACGGCCUCGAACUCAACCAUGUGCUGAGGAAAUACGACGAAGCCGCCGAUGCACUCGCACAGAUGGCAUCCGAGCGGGCCAUGGUUCCCUUGGAUGUCUUUGUCAGUGACCUCCACAAGCCCUCCGUCGAUUAUAAAGAAGACAGGGGCUCGGGUCAUUCCCCACGCGACCCUGCCUCAGGCUUCGAGGCCUCCACGGCUCCCAAGCCCGAGGCCAUGGACAUCGAGACUAAGGGACCUGCGCCUGACGACCUGCCGGACUGGCGCUUUCCGUUCCUGUAG